AUGUGCCCAUCGCCUUACAAGCAUACACGCUUACGCUUAAAUAUACAAGUGCGUGACUCAACUGAUGAAGAUUUAAUGCCUUACCUUGAAGAUAUUAACAGCUUUAUUGAAGCUAAUCGCCGCCGUAAUAAAAGAGUGUUAAUUUUUUGCUAUACAGGUAAAUCUAGUGCACCAACUGCUGUCAUUCAAUAUUUAAUGCAUCAUAGUAAUAUGCGCUUACAGCAAGCCCAUGAGCAUGUUAAACGGCGUUUCCCAUCCAUAAAAAUCAAUCAAGGAUUUUGGCAAACGUUACAACGUCUAGAUGAACGUUUACAUUCUACAAGUAACAAGAAAUGA